AGCUCAUCACCCACCCACGCUCGAGAUCACGAGAACAUCUCUAAUAUUCUACCCACCCGCCGCCGCUACCCACCACCUAAUUCUUCUCGACCGCUCACCCCCGUUACGAUCCCGGAUAUGGUUAUGCCAACUUUGCUCGCCGAUCGCUUCGUAUCACUCGAUUAUACGGAAUUAACGAAUAAUCAUGUCUUUUUAAAGAGCUGCAACAAUGGCUACUUUGAGCAACACAAUCAUCACCAUUUAGGUGAACACCACCACCACCAUGAGGGUCCUACCGCCAAGGAGCUGAUUGGCAAUGCCCUCCGCCAGCGCGUGGAGAGCAUUGACCACGAGGACUGCGAGCCCGGAGAGGAGGACACCUUCUUUGUGGCCGACCUCGGUGAGGUCUACCGCCAGCACCUCCGCUGGAAGAUGAACUUGCCUCGCGUCAAGCCCUUCUAUGCCGUCAAGUGCAACCCGGACCCUAUGCUCCUCAAGUUGCUGGCUGCCCUUGGCAAUGGCUUCGAUUGCGCCUCCAAGGCCGAGAUUGAGCAGGUCCUCCGCAUGGGAGUUGACCCCUCCCGCAUCAUCUAUGCUCAGCCCUGCAAGACCAACUCGUAUGUGCGCUACGUUGCCCAGCAGGGCGUGCGUGCCAUGACCUUUGACAAUGCCGACGAGCUUCGCAAGAUUGCCCGCUUCUACCCCGAGGCCGAGCUUUAUCUGCGCAUCCUUACCGACGACACGUCGUCCCUUUGCCGCCUCAGCAUGAAGUUUGGCGCCUCGCUCGACUCGACUGAUGGUCUUUUGGCCUUGGCCCGCGACUUGAACCUUAACGUCGUGGGUGUCAGCUUCCACGUUGGCUCUGGCGCUUCGGACCCCAGCGCUUUCUUGAAGGCCGUCCGUGACUCUCACAUGGUCUUUCAGCAGGCUGCCUCUUAUGGCUUUUCGCUCAAGACUCUGGACGUCGGCGGUGGCUUCUGCGCCGACAACACCUUUGAGCAGAUGGCUGGUGUUCUCCGUGAAGCUCUCGACGAGUACUUCCCCGCUCACAGCGGUAUCAACUUGAUUGCUGAGCCCGGCCGUUUCUACGCCUCGGCUGCCUACACUUUGGCCUGCAACGUCAUUGCCCGCCGCACCAUCCAGGACACCGCCUUGAUUAACAACGGCACCACGACUCCCGACCCCAGCUACAUGCUAUAUGUCAACGAUGGUCUGUAUGGCAACUUCAGCAGCAUCAUGUUUGAUCACCAGCACCCCGAGGCCAAGGUGCUCCGCGCCGGCGGCCAGACUCUGUAUGACACCCCCGCCGCCAACGGUAUGGACGACCGCAGCGGAGUGGAGUACAGCAUCUGGGGCCCGACCUGCGACGGCAUCGAUCGCAUCACCGAGAGCAUCCGCUUCCCUGUUGUCCUGGACGUUGGUGACUGGCUCUACUUUGAGGACAUGGGUGCCUACACCAAAUGCUCCGCCACCACUUUCAACGGCUUUUCCAACGAGCACGACGUCAUCUACGUGUGCAGUGAGCCCGGUGCCAAGGCUCUUUUGGACUUGUAA